UAUUUCAAACUUUAUUAUUAUUUGUUUUUCAAGGAGAUAAAAAAUUACUGACGCAUUUAUAGAUAUUUCAAAUUUUCUUGUUAUAUAUUUCUUUCAAGGAGAUAAAAAACUAUACUGACGAUCUUAUCUUUCAUUGGAUGUAGAGAUGCUAAGAUAAAAUUACAUAAAAUUAAAUAUUAAAAUGCAUCAAGGCCACUUUGCUGAUCAUCAUUCUUCAUCGCGAAAAGUGGGGGUAUAGUUGUCUGCUCACUCUCACCUGGAAGACUCUGAAGAAAGAACUAACAUCAGUAGUGCAUUGGCAUGUGGAUUGUAACGGCAUGCGAGAGCUGGUAAUGAGGACUCUGUUAUAUAUAAUAUGAUAAACAUCCACUGUACAACAGUGCUUUUUUUGGCUGCGGCAAUUGUCCUCGGCGGUGCGCUUUUGCUUUUGGUGGCUCUUCGUCUUUAUCUUACCUACACUUCAGGCGUUUGUAAAAGUAAGAGUAAAAUGAACGGAAAAACGGUGAUAAUCACUGGAUGCACUUCCGGCAUCGGCAAGGAGACAGCAAGGGAUCUCGCAAAGAGAGGAGCUAGAGUGAUUAUGGCCUGCAGAAACACGGAUGCCGCUAAUCAAUUGAAAGACGAAUUUGUGAAAGAAUCGAACAACAACAAUAUCGCAAUCCGAAAAUUGGAUUUGUCAUCGUUGCAAUCAGUCAGAGAGUUUGCACAACAAAUAAAUCAAGAGGAAAGCAGAUUGGACGUAUUGAUUCAUAAUGCUGGGACUGCGGAGACUUUCAGGAAAAAAGUCACUGAAGAUGGAUUAGAAAUGACUAUGGCUACCAAUUACUUUGGUCCCUUUUUGCUGACGCAUCUUUUAAUCGACUUAUUAAGACGAUCGAAACCGAGUCGUAUUGUAGUAGUUGCGUCAGAGCUCUAUCGACUCGCAAGUUUAAAUCUCAACAAUAUCAAUCCUACAUCAAGCCUGCCAGCGUAUCUGUAUUACGUGUCAAAGUACGCGGAUAUAGUCUUUACGUUGGAGCUGGCGCGACGAUUGGAAGGCUCGGGGGUGACCGCAAAUUGCCUGCAUCCUGGAAUGAUCGACAGCGGAAUCUGGCGAAACGUGCCCGCCCCGUUAUCCUGGUUUGUGUAUCUAAUCACCAAAGCGUUCUUCAAGACACCCGUGCAAGGCGCGCAGACGACUAUUCAUGUUGCGGUUUCCGAGGAACUUAAUGGAGUCUCGGGAAAAUAUUUCAUGGAUUGUGCUGAACAUAGGCUAUCGAAUGCCGCAAAAGAUCCUGCUAAGGGCAAGAAAUUAUGGGAAUUAAGCGAACCUCUGGUGAAGUUGGAACCAUCGGAUCCGAUGAUCUAAAUAUAUAUAUCCUUCUUUUAUGAAUUUUUUUAAAACUUUUGUUUUUUGUUAUACGUGUGAUGGCACUUCAUUUUCUUACAAUUAACAUUUAAUUAUAAUUGUAUAACUUAUCGUUCUUAAGAGAGUAUUACUUUAUCUUUUAUAUUAACAAAUAAUUUUAUAAGUUGUAGUAUUAUAGCAUAUUUGAAGAUAUAUCUUUUAUUAGAAAAAAGACAUUUUUUUUAUUAAACAUGAUACUUAUAUAUAAUUGCUUGCAUUUGCUCGAAUAGUAGAUUUGAUAUAUACAUUUUUUGUUCAACAAGCUUGACAUGAUCAUAUUUAUUACAACUUAUAGUAUCGCGAUUUUGGAUAUUAUAUAAAUCGGUUGCUAUUUUGAAUUCAAAGGAAACAGGCUCUCCCACUUUUGCAUUCUAUUGGGAUAAAGUCCUGUCUUCAUUCCCGGUAUCUCGGAAAUUUCUAAGUAGUUGUCAGUUUCUAAUAAGUAUGGUUCCCAUGUGACGUUGUUUGCUAAAGCCGAUGGUAUUGGUUGUCCAGUUGCAGCGAAGUUCGACCACAUACUUGUCAUAAGUUCCACCGUAGGUAUUUCCGGAGCAUCGUUCUCGAAGAAGGGAAAUUUGAAUCUCAUCAAGAAUAGAUAUUGCAAAUCAUCAUGAUGCACCACUCCUAAAAUGAUAAAAUAAACAACGAAU